CGACACGUCGAACACACUCACCGGCGUUGCUCUUAAAACGUUGAAACAACGCACAGUGAAAUCUCCCUCCCUUUUUAAAACCCUAAUUGCUCUGGAGAUUUCUAGCUUCUCACUUCAGUAAGCCCUCAAUUCUGUUCGAAGCAAACCUUAUGCUACCAAAUUCGAACGGCGAUGUUCUCGAUUGCAGCUAUCAACGAUACUGACUCCAAAGGCACAUGGGAGCCUUUGGCUCCCACCAAAGAAGCUCAGGAGUUUCAUCUCUCACAAACUUAUCAUGAGGGACUUCACAAGUUACAGACUAAAGAGUACAAGAGGGCUACUGAGUUGUUAGAGUCUGUCCUCAAAGACCCUCUAAUAGAAAACGCACAGGUGGAUGGAAACGUCAGCGAUUGUCAUCUGUUGCAACUUAGAUUUUUGGCACUGAAGAACCUUGCGAAUGUUUUUCUUCAACAAGGUUCAGCACAUUAUGAGAGUGCUCUACGAUGUUAUCUUCAAGCUGUAGAGAUCGAUACCAAAGAUUCUGUUGUCUGGAACCAGCUUGGAACAUUAUCAUGCUCGAUGGGGUCUCUGAGUAUAUCACGUUGGGCAUUUGAGCAAGGGCUUUUAUGUAGCCCUAAUAAUUGGAACUGCAUGGAGAAGUUGUUGGAAGUUCUUAUUGCUAUCGGUGAUGAGGUUGCAUGCCUUUCUGUGGCAGAGUUAAUUUUGAGGCAUUGGCCAUCACAUUCUCGUGCUUUGCAUGUCAAGAAAACAAUUGAAGAGUCAGAGCCAGUUCCAUUUGCUCCUAGAGGUAUAGAUAAGCUUGAACCUAAACAUGUCCGUCUCCAAUUUGUUGACAAGAGAAAAGCAACUCAAGCUCUUCUAGAGGAGGGCGUUGCAUCCAAGAAGAUGAACCAGAACAUGGAUUUGAAUGUUCCAGACGCUACUUGGGCAGCUCUCGCUGAUGCGCUCUUGGAUAUCUUACUUCCGUUGAAUGGCUGUAGAUCUGAGAUGAGGGAUGCCAAAGAAUACAGAUCUGGAGAUAUGAGAUUAAUUAUACACUUACCUUCUAGUUCAGAAGGUAACAGAGGCUCUGAAGAAAGAAAAGGACAUAACUUGACCCCAAUUGGUGAAAGUACCUCUUCUGGUGAUUGCAACACUGGAAGAACAGGUGUUAAAGAAAAACACACAAGUCUUCUAGAAUUCCAAAAACAGGAGAGGCGGAGUACUCGCCUUGAGAGGCUUAGAAGUCGUAAACCAGAGAAAGAAGAUCUUGACUUUGCUAAUGGUAAAGCUCAGGCCAAGGUUGUUAUUCAGUGUCUAGAACCUUUUAUAGCUGGUGGAUCCGGAAUCAAAGAUUCUAAUCAUUGUAGUAAUCAUUCUGUUUUAUGUCCUGAUCAAGCUAAUCCUUGGGAUACUGAAUAUGGUGAUGUUUGCAGAUUUGUUGAAAAAGCUUCAAAGAACUAUGGUGCUUUCCAUUUGGCUCAUUUACUUUUAGAAGAGGUUGCAAGUCGAGCUCUUCUGUAUCAGGAUACGCUUGUUAAGUUUCUGGACUUGGAAAAGAUGACAAGGAAUUGGGGGAAGGAUAGGACCCCGGAAUGCUGCCUUUUCCUCGCUGAACUUUAUUAUGACCUUGGUUCAUUGUCUGAUGCUUCAAAGCUGUCCGAAUUCAUGUCCGAGGCAUCUUAUCAUCUUUGUAAGAUUCUCGAAUCUGUAGCUUUGGAAGAUGAAAGUAUCUCUGGGCUUAAGAGAUUCUUUGGUAAUAAUGGAAAACCAGCAGACAAUUAUGUUUGCCAGGAUGUAUCAUUAGGUGAUAAGUCGUUAACAAGUAGCUCCUUCUGGGUCCGGUUUUUUUGGUUAAGUGGACGAUUAUCUAUUUUAGAUGGCAACAAGGAAAAAGCCCACCAAGAGUUCUGUAUUUCCUUGUCACUUUUGAACAAGGAAAAUAACAGUGAUUCUCAGCGUGUAAUCCGCCUCCCAUAUUGCAAGGUUGUUAAAGAGUUAACUGUUGAUAGGAUUCUCCAUGAAAUUAACAUCUUAAAGAUUGAUUUCUUGAUGCAGAAGACUUUAGAUGAGAUGAUUGAGAAAGAAAUGUAUAUGGAAUGCAUGACCUUGCUUGUUCCACUUCUAUUUGCCUCUAGAAAUGUUCCCCCAGAUGCAUUACCUCUACGCUUAGCUAAUAAAGGAGGCGAAGGAAUUACUUCAGUUGAACUGUCAGCGCUAGACAUUUUAAUCAAAGCUUGUGAAAAGACCAAACCUGUGGAUAUUGACAUUUAUUUGAACUGUCAUCGUCGGAAACUGCAAAUUCUUAUGGCAGCAGCAGGAAUUGAUGAGGGCCUGGCUUCCUGUAAAUCCAUCCUUUCUAAAUCAGGCAAGCAGUGCUGGAAUUUCUUGGUUGCAGAGGAAGUAACAGCCAUUUCUCAAUGCGUGUCCCAAGUGAAGAACUUUAUUGAUCAACCUGGAGCUUCUGACAGCAACUCUGUUCCGAUGAGCAGCAUAGGUGAUCUCCAAUGCUUGCUCUUGUCUGUCAUGUGUAAUGUUGCAAGCAUAUUCCUCUGUAAGAAAUCUCCUGAGCUAGUGAUUGCUGAUGAAAUUGAACAAAGUUGCUUUAUUGAAGCUUCCAUUGCAUUCUGCAAACUUCAACACCUCAACCACAUGAUACCUGUUAAAACUCAAGUUGACUUAAUUGUCACAAUGCAUGAUCUACUUGCCGAAUAUGGACUCUGCUGUGCGGGUCAAGGUAGUGAAAAGGAGGAAGGAAUGUUUCUUAAAUUUGCAAUUAAGCAUCUAUUGGCCUUGGAUAUGAAGUUUAAAUCUAACUUAAACUCAUCAAGUAAAGAAACCACUGAAGACAAUGAGCUGCUUGACCUAAAUAGUCCUGCCAAAAUGACUCUAAAUGAAUCAAAAUCAGAAACACUAGAUGUGGAAAUGGUUCAUACCGGAAGAGAUGAAACCAAUGAAGAUGGUUCUGGUGGUAAGCUCAACAGAGGUGAAAAAGCAAGUGAUCAAUUGAAUGAAGAAGAAGAUGAACUCAUCAAAGAUGAAAGGGAUGAACUUGAGUUAAAAAUUGAUUAUGCCUUGGAUCAGUGCUUCUUCUGCUUAUAUGGUCUAAAUAUUAGAUCUGAUUCAUCCUAUGAAGAUGAUUUAGCUGUGCACAAAAAUACUAGCCCUGGUGAUUAUCAGACAAAGGAACAAUGUGCUGAUGUUUUUCAGUACAUACUCCCUUAUGCAAAGGCUUCUUCUAGGACAGGACUAGUCAAAGUUCGAAGAGUACUCAGAGCCAUACGCAAACACUUUCCACAACCACCAGAAGAUGUUUUGGCCGGAAAUGCAAUAGAUAAGUUCUUAGAUGAUCUCAAUCUAUGUGAAGAUAAGCUCUCAGAUGAGGCUGGGUCUGAUGGCUUUCUUGAGACCAUAACGAAGGUGAUACUUCCUGAUGACAGAAGGGUUAAACAACAAAAGUCAUCAUCCGUUGGGAGCUCUGAACCGUAUCUGGAUGUCUAUUGCAAUUUGUAUUAUUUCCUUGCCCUGUCCGAGGAAAGCAAUGCUACAGACAAGUGGCCUGGCUUUGUGCUUACAAAGGAAGGGGAAGAAUUUGUACAGCAAAAUGCAAAUCUCUUCAAAUAUGAUUUACUGUACAACCCUCUGCGUUUUGAAAGUUGGCAAAGACUAGGACAAAUCUAUGACGAGGAAGUGGACUUGUUACUGAAUGAUGGCAGUAAACACAUCAAUGUGGCAGGAUGGAGGAAGAAUGUCACAUUACCUCAGAGAGUAGAGACAAGUCGAAGGAGGAGUAGGCGGUGUCUGUUAAUGAGUUUGGCUUUGGCAAAGACGUCAGCUCAGCAGAGUGAGAUACACGAGUUAUUGGCAUUGGUAUACUAUGAUAGCCUUCAGAGCGUGGUGCCAUUUUAUGAUCAACGAACUGUUGUGCCCUUGAAGGAUGCAUCAUGGGUGGUGUUUUGCGAGAACUCGAUGAGACACUUUAAAAAGGCUUUUGCUCACAAGCAAGACUGGUCCCAUGCUUACUAUAUUGGGAAGCUCUGUGAAAAGCUUGGGUACUCCUAUGAGACAUCAUUAUCAUAUUAUGAUAAAGCUAUUGCUCUGAAUCCAACAGCUGUAGAUCCAGUUUACAGGAUGCAUGCUUCUCGACUAAAGUUACUUUUUUCAUGUGGAAAACAAGAUCUAGAAGCUUUAAAGGUUCUUUCAGCAUAUGCCUUUAGUCAGUCAACAAAGGAUGCUGUCAUGACAAUGUUAGGUGACAUAGAUGCGGAAAUGUCAAACUCACCAAAAGAUAGAAGCACAGAAACAAACUUUGAGGAGGUGAAGCAUGAAGAUUCAGUUAAAUCAGAGGCGUGGAACAUGCUUUACAGCGACUGUCUUUGUGCCCUUGAAACUUGUAUUGAAGGGGAGCUUAAACAUUUUCAUAAAGCCAGAUAUAUGCUUGCACAAGGUCUGUAUAAAAAAGGGGCAAGUGGUGCGGCUGAGAAGGCAAAAGAUGAACUAUCUUUUUGCUUCAAGUCAUCGCGAUCAUCAUUUACAAUUAAUAUGUGGGAAAUUGAUAGUACAGCCAAAAAAGGAAGGCGGAAAACUCCUGGACUUUGCGGGAGCAAAAAGCCCCUUGAGGUUAACUUACCUGAGAGUUCCAGAAAAUUCAUUACUUGCAUACGGAAAUAUCUUCUGUUCUAUUUGAAACUGCUGGAGGAGACUGGAGACAUAUGUACGCUUGACCGUGCUUAUAUCUCUCUUCGGUCUGAUAAGAGGUUUUCACUAUGCAUUGAAGAUCUUGUUCCAGUUUCCCUUGGGAGGUAUGUAAAAGCCCUUGUUUCAUCCAUCCGACAAGCUGAAACUGUUGGCUCUGGUGCUGUAGAUAAUUCCGAGCAUAUAUUGGAGAAAGUGUUUUCUUUAUUCAUGGAACAGGGGAACUUAUGGCCUGAGAUAUGUGGUUUACCUGAGAUUAAGGUCACAGAAACAUCAGAAAGCAGUUUAUAUGGAUAUCUUCAUGAAUAUAUCAUAUCUUUAGAGGAAAAUGGUAAACUGGACACUCUUGAAGCCAUAAAUGAGAAGAUUCGAAAGCGUUUCAAGAAUCCAAAACUGUCAAACAGCAACUGUGCGAAAGUUUGCAGACACGCAUCCAUUGCUUGGUGUAGAUCUCUUAUAUUAUGGUUGGCACAAAUCACUCCAUCACAGUCUGAAAUCGCAAGUGAGAUUCAGGUUCUUAAUCCUUCAGAUGGUGGGUUGGAAAAUAGCCAGCUUCUCUGUGUUGAUUUGCAGACAGAUGAAUUGUGGAGUUCAGCUUUUGAGGACCCAACCCAUUUUAAAAAGCUUGAAGCAAAACGAAAUCCUAUUUUCUCUAAAAUAAAGAACCUAGUUGUCAAGAAAGCUUCAGAUGAAAAUUUAGAGAUAGCCAGCGGUUUGCUUCGAUCUUCAUACAACUUCUAUCGUGAGAGCUCCAGUGUAAUGCCUUCAUCCGGUGUCAAUAUGUAUUUAGUUCCGUCAUGGUUACUAAGGGAUACGCAGCUCAGAUCAAGCACGGAUGGGGCUGAAAUCCUUGACCUGAGCAUCCCAAGGAAGCUUCUCUUGUGGGCUUAUACACUUCUGCAUGGCCGUUAUACGAACAUCUCUUUUGUUGUGAAGCAUUGUGAAGAAAAUGCAAGGUCUAAAAUGAAAAAAGGAGCAGGAACCUCAUCUGUGCCCUCAACCACAAGCAUAGCAAACACCAACACUGCUCAGACAGCUACUACGACGGUAGCAGUUUGUGGCAGAGAUGGAGUCGGCCAUAGUGGAACCAGCAACACAGAUCCAGCAAACACAGUAGUAUCUUCCUCAUUGCCCGAGAGCACAAUGCAAUCUACAAAUCAGCCACCUUCUGACAUGUACCAGACAAGUUCAUUUGCUGCUCCCCCACUUCACCAUUGCAACACAACAGCAGCAGAUGAAGGAGCUUCGGACAAAGUUGACUUAUAACAUGACAAUCACAGUUUAACUAAUUGUUUUGACAGUUGUAAAUAUCUACUCCUGUUUCAGUAACACAUAGCAUUAGGCUAAUGUCAUGUUGAUGCGGUACAACAACCGUAAGAAAACAUGUUGUAAAGAACUAAAGAUCAUUUGCUUCGUGAAAGCCUGAGGCUGAAAUCUGAAUAGCUGAUGUGAAAUAUGCAGCCGAAGUUCU